CUCACGUUAAUUCAAAGCGUGCUUAUGUCUGUUGAGAAUGAUGAAUUAACUCAUGAUGAUUUUUCUUAUUCAGCGCCUUUGUUGUUGUAUUCUUCUUCUAUAGUGCCAGAUUUUUAUAUCGAUAGCGAUAGUGAUAAUGGCAGGAAGAGUUUUGAAUUGUUUAGAAAAUCUUAUAAUGGUGUUAAUAGUCAUAAGAAUCUAGAUACAAACGUAAUUGUAUCAUAUAGUAAUGAAAACAAGAGAUACAAUAUUUUGAAGGAUAAUCUACCCAGAACUGUUCUAUCUGUCGUAAGAAGAUUAAAAAUAGGCUCGAUAAAGAUCCCUCAUAUUAUCGCGUUGGAUAUAGAGUGGAAUUAUCUGGGUAAAACCAUAUCUAACGUAACUAACUCUAAAAAUGUUUCUCAAGUUGACUUUGAUAGUCAAUUAGAUGAUAUAGAAGAGAAACAUGCGAUUAAAAGGACAGCUUCGAGAAAGCGGGUUAGAAUCAAUCCACUGACUGCUUUUUUCUCAAAAGCUCCAGAAGAUGUCCGAAUAUUGAAUAAUAAAUUUUUGGAUACCGCCUCCCAAGUUAAGAAUGAAAAUCCUAUCACACAAGUCUCAAAUAACGAUAAACCUGAUUCAAUUGAUCAAGAUUAA